UAUCCCCUCUUCGGCAUCUUUCCAUACCCAGCAUCAAUUCUGCACCAAGUCCUCUUCGUAACAGGACUUCUGCUUUCCAUCCUUGUAGUCUCUGUCCUUCGCCACUCCAUAAUCGGGUUCAUCGUAGAAUUCGCUCACAUGAUAGUGCUGCCUGGCCUCGCCCCCUCCUCUUCCUUCGCCACUCGCUACAGCUUGGAAACGUCACCGUCUCCAUACGCCACCUCGUCCUCUUCGAAACCCUUGGCCAAAGGCAGACUCAGACGCAAACCUCCCAAAUCCGCGACCUCUCUCUCUUGUCAAGGUUGUCCAGCAGGUAGCCAUUACACCGGGCUGGUAAACACGGGCAACACAUGCUUCCUCAAUUCGGUGUUACAGAGCUUAGCCAGCGUCACUCUGUUUACGGAGCAUUUGACCAGACUGCAGCGGUCCGCUGAGCAGCUGGAUAUUCCUACGCCAGUAGUAGACGCACUACUGGACCUCAUAAGCGCACUGAAUACUCCAGCUACUCGACGGUCCGCGAUCAGACCGUCGGUCCUUACCGACACCCUGUCCAUUGCGACUCAGUCCUCUUCAAUCCGAACGUUAUUGACCGCUCAUCAGCAGCAGGACGCUCAAGAGCUUCUGGUCUUGCUUCUCGAAGCCAUCUCCAAGGAACGAGCAGCUGUGUGGGCGGAAACAUCCUACGUCGAGAGUGAAGCUCAAGGCUCGGGACUCGCCUCUAUCCUUGCCAAGAGCAUCAAGGCACGCUCACAUCCACUUCCAGUAGCUCGGAGACACCUCUACAAUCCGUUCGAAGCUCUCGUAGCCCAACGGACCGCAUGUCUGCGAUGUGGGUACUACGAUGUGAUCAGGAACUUUGUGCAAGAGGAAGUCAGUGUCAAUGUUCCACUGCAGCGGCGAGUCGGAAGCGCUCUCGGGUUGGAAGAUUGUCUCGACUCCUGGGCUGGCUUGGAAGGCGUCGAAUGGAGGUGUUGGCGCUGCACUCUGGGAAAAGACAAAGUCGCUGUGGACGCUAACGUAGAGGAUGGCAGUGGGGCUACCCAUACUAUCAAAGUUGCCAAAGGCAACGGCACGUCAUCAAAUGGAAAGAUCACACCGUCGGCGAAGAAACGUCUCAAGGAGGUGCGGAAAGCCCAUUCGGCGCUCACACAGGCAUUGUCAAGGUCGAUCACAGAGGAAGAGUUUCGAGCCCUCCAUCCCUCCAUACGGCUCUCAUCUCCUCCCCUGCCACCACCCAGCCCCGCGGGGUCGAUCAUCACUGCUACAAAGCAAACUGUCUUCUCUCGUCCGCCACAGACACUGGUUGUCCAUCUGAAUCGUUCGAUAUAUCAGGGCAUGGGAGCAGGCAAGAACAAUACACGAGUCUUUUUCCAAGAGUACCUGGACCUCGCGAAGUGGUGCAUCACGUCGGGAGUUGAGUCAGAUGCCAUCAAGGGCAUGAAUGAGACAAGCCAGAGACCAGCCAAGAGCGGUACUCAAGAAGAGGAUUGGACUCAUCGUCUGACGACAUCGCGAACGGUCUACAGACUAGACUCAUUGGUGGUCCACUAUGGCGGCCAUUCCUUUGGCCACUACGUCUCCUUCCGCCGGAGACCGCGGCGAAGACCUCUUCCGCAACAACAAGAGACAAAGGGCAUCGCAUUGUCAGAAGAUGAGGAGGACGACGGCUGGCUGCGUAUAUCCGACGACUCGGUCACGCAUGUCUCUCUUCGUGAGGCCCUGAGCCAGAAUGCAUUCCUGCUGUUCUAUCAGCGUGUGGGAAGUGGCAGUACACAGGCA